GGGUUCGGGCCUGGCUGUGGGAUGUUAGCUGUGGGGGCGAUGGAGGGCCCCCGGCAGAGCGCGUUCCUGCUCAGCAGCCCGCCCCUGGCCGCCCUGCACAGCAUGGCCGAGAUGAAGACCCCGCUGUACCCCGCCACCUACCCCCCUCUGCCCACCGGGCCCCCCUCUUCCUCCUCGUCCUCCUCGUCUUCGUCGCCCUCCCCGCCUUUGGGCGCCCACAAUCCAGGCGGCUUGAAGCCCCCGGCCGCGGGGGGCCUCUCGUCGCUGAGCAGCCCCCCGCAGCAGCUCUCAGCCGCCACCCCGCACGGCAUCAACGACAUCCUGAGUCGGCCCUCCAUGCCGGUGGCCUCGGGGGCCGCUCUCCCUUCCGCCUCGCCCUCGGGGUCGUCUUCCUCCUCCUCGUCGUCCGCCUCCGCCACCUCGGCCUCUGCGGCCGCCGCCGCCGCCGCCGCCGCGGCUGCUGCCGCCGCCUCGUCGCCCGCUGGGUUGCUGGCCGGCCUGCCCCGCUUCAGCAGCCUGAGCCCGCCGCCACCGCCGCCCGGGCUCUACUUCAGCCCCAGCGCUGCGGCCGUCGCCGCCGUGGGCCGGUACCCCAAGCCCCUGGCCGAGCUGCCUGGCCGGACGCCCAUCUUCUGGCCCGGGGUGAUGCAGAGUCCGCCUUGGAGGGACGCACGCCUGGCCUGUACCCCCCAUCAGGGAUCCAUUUUAUUGGACAAAGAUGGGAAGAGAAAACACACGAGACCCACGUUCUCUGGCCAACAGAUCUUCGCCCUGGAGAAGACCUUCGAACAAACCAAGUACUUGGCUGGGCCAGAGAGAGCUCGCUUAGCCUAUUCUUUGGGGAUGACAGAGAGUCAAGUCAAGGUCUGGUUCCAGAACCGCCGGACCAAGUGGAGGAAGAAGCACGCGGCUGAGAUGGCCACCGCCAAGAAGAAGCAGGACUCGGAGACCGAGCGGCUCAAGGGGACUUCGGAGAACGAGGAGGAGGACGACGACUACAACAAGCCCCUGGACCCGAACUCUGACGACGAGAAAAUCACGCAGCUGCUGAAAAAGCACAAGUCGAGCAGCGGCGGCCUCCUGCUGCACGCGUCCGAGGCCGAGGGCUCGUCCUGAGCGCCGCCCGCCCGCCCGCCCGCCCGCUGCGUCGGGAUCCCGGGCCGCCCCGACCGCGCCCCUCAGCCGGUCACCCCCGGGCCCAGCACCGCGGCUGCUCCCCGGGCCUUUACUAUUUUCUAAGAUGUACAUAUCUAUUUUUUUAACCCAGAAAUCGUGGCGGGGCCUGGGGGGAUAGGACGGCGCGUUGACGAGAAGGAAGGGAGCCCGCCGAGUGCGCCGCGUUAAAUGACGAACCCGCAUCCCCGCGGCUCCCCUGGACCCUUCCCACCCGCGGUGUCAGUCAAUCCCCACCCCCAUCCAGGCUCGGUCCCUUGCUCUGUGGUCCCUGAGCUCCGGGGUCGUGUUUGUGAAGAGUCGACAGCCAGCGCCUGGUGGGAAUCUCCGAGCCACACAGGGCAUCUGCCACCUA